AUGAAUAGAGAAAUACCGGGCUUUUACUUCGACAGCGCCAAGCGCAAGUACUUCCGCAUCGAGGAUAGCCGGACGGCUCCCGCCGAGGCGGCCUGGUCGGCGCAGAAUGUGAAGCGGAGGGCAGUGCAGCUGAAGGAGGAGAAGAAGAGACAAGAGAGGGAGGAGCGCGCCGCGCGGAGGGUCAAGAGGGCGCGGGUGAGGGGUGUGCCGUCCCUUGGGGGGCUAUUGGCGAGGGAGACCGGGGAAACGGGUGCCGGUGCCAUGCCUGCGGCGGGAGAAGAGGUCGUCCGGGCAUGGACUGGCGGGUUGAAGGGGAAGGGGUCCGUGACCCCCUGGCCGUGGGUGGAUGAUGGCAUGAUUACAGGUUUAUGGGUAGGGGGCAGCGGCGAGCAGGCUGGGCCGGGCGUCCUAUUCGCAUGCGGCGUUGGAGACUGCGUGGCUGGAUCGUGGGUCCCGCGGGACGUAGACGACAAGAUCGACUUGGGUUACGAACCAGCCACGUGGUUUCUGGCUCCGGAUGUAACCGCCCUCAAAUUCCAUGACACUUCCUGCAGUCUCCUUCUGGCAUGGGAGCACGGCGGAAGCAUCGGCAUCAAGCGCUAUGCUCCACAGCCGUCAGAUACGAAUAAUCCAAGCCCAGCGUUCCUGGUGAACCGCAGUAUGUCUCCUGAACCGGCUCUGAAUCCAUUUGACUCGUCACUCGGAGCCAGCACCGCCAGCACCAUCCACGCGCUCGAACCAGCCCCGCAAGGCUCACGACUGACCUGCAUAGCCGGCACCGACCAAGGAAUCAUCAGACUCCAAGACGACAAGCUAGACUGGCUCACCCCAUCCCCUCCACCGCGCUCCCACCCCAACCAGCGCCGAAAACAAGGCCGUCCCGGCCCAUCCCAACUCCCCUGGCAAGGCGACAUCCUCUCGGUCGACUUCGCCCACCACAACCCGACCGAAGUGAUCCUCGCCGGCACCCGAUCAAGCCACAUCUGCCUCCUAGACCUGCGGGUGCCCGUCCGCGAAUGGACCGCCCGAUCCACCACCUUCACCCACAUCAGCAGCGUGGCCCGCCUCAGAUCCGUCGGGCCGCACGAGAUUCUCGCCGCGGGCCCGCGCAACGCCAUGGCCAUCUACGAUAUCCGCUUCCUACGACAAGCAUCACCACCACCACCACCACCAUCCCUAUCACGAACCUACCAACAAACCAAACAAGAGGGUGCCCACCACCCAUGGCGGAGCAACGCCACCCGGCCGAUCGUGGAAUUCCCCGCGUACCGCAACGCAGCACACAUCCACACGGGACUGGACGUGCUGGCGGAGCCGGGGUACGGCAGCCGGGGUAUCGUGGCGGCGGCGCACGACGACGAGACGGUGGGGCUGUACUCGCUGCUGGACGGGACACGGAUUCCCGGCGGCGCAGUCGACUCGAUCAAGGCCGGGGCGGUUGUCCGCAGCAUGAUGUGGGCGACGCUGCCGGGGGAUCGGCACCCGGGCUUGUUCGUCGGGGAGGGGACCUGUGUGAAAAAGUACUCUUUUUGGGCGUAA